AUGUCUGUUUUAUCCAGCAAGGCUCUCCAUGAGCAGCUUUGCCUCAUUAUGGGAGCCCUGACCAAAGCUGCAGUGGCCGAAAUCUGCGAGCUGGUGGAUGAAGGUUACUCGGUGCUGCAGCUGGAAAUCAGCCGCAGCCACAAGGAGAACGACGACCUGAGGAAGAAACUGCACCUCAUCGAGUCCAUCGUGGUGCGGGGGAGCUGCGGGGCCAAGACGGCGGAGGAACCAGGGGGGGUGGUUGUAGUGGAGGCCGCGGAGGGAGCGAGGCAGGCGGGGACAACACAGCAGCAGCAGCAGCGGGGAGACGAAGCAGGAGACCGGGGUACUGCUGCGGGAGGAGACGGAGGAGCUGUGGUGGUGCUGCGGGAAGAGCUUCCAGAUGUGGUGCUGAUCAAAGACGAAGACUCGGACAGUAACGACACCUUCAAGGACGAGGACAAAGUACCUGCUGACAGAGUGACAGCUGCAGCCAGAGAGAGCGCCACGUCGUCUCCAAAUAGUCGGAGCAUGAAGAGACCUUGGCCGGGAAACGAAGACGCUGAGAGGAAGUCUUCCUCUGAGCUCACACUGAAAAGUCCAACGUCAUCCAAACAGACACAGAAGAAGAGCGUGUCUGUCUACAGUCUGGACUCUCCUCGCAGCGAGCCGGGCUGCUCCGGUCAGCUCGGCGGUGACGAGAGGGAGGCUGGAGAGCUGGUUUGUUCGUACGCCUCACAGAUGGACCCUGACAUCCAUUUGGUCCACCAGGAGUGCUCACUGGCUCCUCCUAUGUCGAGUGCUAGCAGACAGAUGUAUUACAACAACAGCACUCUGAUUGACUCUCAGACUCAUACAGAUGAACUGGAUCUCACUCCAACGUGGAGCAAACAGUCCAAAAACCACAUGGCUUUCGCUCAGUUUCACCAAAACGAAAACAUGGACGGUGACGCGUUCGGACUCAAGCUGAUAAACGUGUCUGGCUCGACGCCCACAGACUGCCAGCUAUCCGAAAGCAGCAACUCUGCUUUUGGGUACGACGAGGCCGACGCAAUGAGCUUCGCUGUGUACAGGGACCAAUCAGGUCUGUCGCAGCACUGUAACGGGGCGGGCAAAGGGAAGCGCUUCAUAUGCUCCAUCUGCAGCAAGACGUACGCCACGUCUCAGAACCUGGAAGUUCACAUGCGGAUCCACACGGGCGAGAGGCCGUUCAGCUGCAGUCAGUGCGGCAAGAAGUUCACGCAGUCGGCUCACCUGAAGUCACACCUGAGCAUUCACUCCGGAGAGCGGCCGUACGCCUGCACACGCUGCUCCAGGAGCUUCAUCGUCAAAUACAGCCUCACAUUACACAUGAAGAAAUGCCACCCUGACGCCUGAGCCAUUUCACAUCAGUUUUGUUCUAUAACAUUGUGUGCUGUGUGUGUAUUCAUUUUUGUGUUAUGGAAAAGCCACUUAAACAAACCUCUUUAUGCUUUUACAAUCAUGCGCUUUACAAUCAUAAGUUUUACAAUCCUUUUACAAGUUUUACCUUUGAGUCAUCACUCUAUGAGAUCAUGUUUUAUUUGCUCAUGCAGAUGCGUCCGUCUCUCCCUCCUAUUCAGACAGAUUUCCGGCUGACCUGGUUCAGGUCAGGCCAAUCACAACCAUUUAUCUGAUGUGGGUUUGAUAUGACGACUGUACAGAGGAAUGCGGCUGAGGAAUUUUUGUAAACAACCAACAUGGCUGCCACUGAUGUUGAAACUGCUGUUGCGACAGGAUGGCACGCAUUUCCUCUGAAAGAAGAACAAACUGCACUUAAAACUUUUGUUGAUGAGAAAAAUAUGUCAGUGCUA